GUGAGCAGCCGCGCCGCGCCCGCAGUCGCCGGCCCCGCCGACCGACCGACCGCCCAGCCAUCGCCUCCGCCUCCGCCGGCGCAUCGCGGACGCCCAGCAGGAAUGAGGGGAGAUUCUUACUUCAUUGGGAUGAGGAGCCUGGGGCAGCAGGGCCACAUCCCGGAAGAUGGAGGACUCUUCUUGCUCUGCUGCAUAGACAGAGACUGGGCCGUGACUCAGUGUUUCACGGAGGAGGCCUUUCAAGCCAUCACAGACUUCACCGACCUCCCCAACUCACUCUUUGCAUGCAACGUCCACCAGUCGGUGUUUGAAGGGGAAGAAAGCAAGGAGAAAUUUGAGGGUCUGUUCCGGACUUACGAUGACUGUGUGACGUUCCAGCUGUUUAAGAGUUUCAGACGUGUCCGAAUAAACUUCAGCAAUCCCAAAUCUGCAGCGCGAGCCAGGAUAGAGCUUCAUGAAACCCAGUUCAGAGGGAAAAAGUUAAAACUCUACUUUGCCCAGGUUCAGACUCCAGAGACAGACGGAGACAAACUGCAUUUGGCUCCACCACAGCCUGCCAAACAGUUCCUCAUCUCACCCCCUGCCUCUCCGCCCGUCGGCUGGCAGCCCAUCAGUGAUGCCACACCAGUCCUUAACUAUGACCUCCUCUAUGCUGUGGCCAAACUAGGACCAGGAGAGAAGUAUGAGCUCCACGCAGGGACCGAGUCCACCCCCAGUGUCGUCGUGCAUGUGUGCGACAGUGACAUCGAGGAGGAGGAGGAUCCAAAGACGUCCCCGAAGCCAAAAAUCAUUCAGACCCGACGUCCCGGCCCGCCGCCCUCCGUGUCCAACUGAGCUCACCACUUCGCCUCCAAGAAAAUAUCCGUCUACUCUUUACCAUGCUUUUUUUUUCCUCCCUGUUGUUUGUUUGUCGGAAAAAAAAAUUGCCUUUAAAUCCCUGGGUGUUUGGUUGUUUGAAAUUCCUUCGUUGUAAUCAAGCCUCUCGGACAAAAGGGCUAGGAAAAGGUGAUAAGCUUCCUGAUCAUAUCAUACCCACCGAGUAUAAUCCAUUAUUUAGGAGGUUCUAGGAAAAAAAAAAAAAAAAGUAGUAUUUUCUUAUUAAACAGUCAGCACAGCCUGUAUACCUUCAUGCUCUCAUGUGGAUCCAAGCCGGAGACAUCAGUGACAAAUAGUUCCUGUGUUGUUUGUGAACCGUUCCAGUCCCAGUCCUGACGUGUGUGCAUUGUUUUUUCUUCCUGGCCACUUAAGUAGGACCAUAAGUAAACUUGACUUUGAUUGCAUGAGAUUUCCCUAUCUGGUCUCCCCAAUCCUCUGCAUCCCAACAUUCCCAGGACAUGCAUGAUCACCAGCAUUUAUUUUUGUGAUUUGAGGAUAUACUGUAAGUCACCGAUUGUCAGCAUCCAGUCAUGUCCUAUCUAGCUUAGCAAAAUUCUCAGCAUCCUCCAGCUUAACAAGUCUGGGUAAUUGUCACUCUUUGGAGUCAAAGACUUCAUAGCUCUGUGAAAAUUCCUGGAGGAAAAACUGAGCUUGGCCCCAAAGAUAACCCUCAGUAGAUUUUGAAGAUGAUUCCCUUGUCAAUCUUUCCCAACCUCCUUGGGGAGGCUUGUCCAGGGUGACAGAGAU